GCGGGCGGGCUCCAUGGCGGCGGCGGCGGCGGCUGCGCAGGCGGGGCCCCUCCUCCCUCGGGCUGCGGCCGCUGCGGGUGCGCGAGGACCGGCACCGGCGGCACCGGCGGCACCGGCAUGGGCGUGCACGUGGAGACCAUCGCCCCCGGCGACGGGCGGACGUUCCCCAAGCGCGGCCAGACCUGCGUGGUGCACUACACGGGUAUGCUGGAGGAUGGGAAGAAGUUUGAUUCCUCCCGCGACAGGAACAAGCCGUUCAAGUUCGUGAUGGGCAAGCAGGAGGUGAUCCGGGGCUGGGAGGAAGGCGUCGCCCAGAUGAGCGUUGGUCAGAGGGCGAAGAUGACCAUCUCCCCAGAUUACGCCUACGGCUCUACUGGCCACCCAGGGAUCAUCCCACCAAACGCCACUCUAAUUUUCGACGUGGAGCUCAUGAAAUUGGAAUGACCUACCCCAACACCCUGUCCUCGGGUUUGGCACAUGGAGGAAUCCAGAAUCUCAGCUUCAAGAAGAGUGCACAUGACUUUGUACGGAGCUUUUCCUGAUAGUCCACUACACUCAUUGUAUAACCUUACACCUUGAUUGAAUGCCUUUGGUCACUAAGCUUUGCGUCUGACUCUUCCUCCUUGUAUCGUGUUUUUAUGUCUUUUUAAACUAUACGCCGUAAACCUCAACUCUUUUUUGGGUCAAGUUCUUAAUCUUAUUUUUGUUCCAGGUAUAGACUACGUUUUACCGGUAGCACGCAGAUGGGCUGACCUUAGAUAGGAGUCAUUUGAACAAAAGGAAACCCGUUAGUUACUUGUUUCGGUGCAGAUUUCUAUGGUGUUUUCAAACCAGAAAUUGCUGCUGCUGCAAAAGCCAUAGCAGAGUGAGGCUGGCGAGGCUGAACGGAUGUGGAGAGCAAAGUAGUGCUAGGAUUGUGUGUAGUUACCCUGCCUGGAACCGGGGCGCCAAGGAAGCAGCAUGUCCUUUCCCUGCUCUCCGGGGGAAGCGCAGCAUCGCCGCGGGGCUGCUCUGCCCCUGCUUCCCCUCCCAGCUCCUCCUCACUUGGCCGGCUGGUGGUGGACCCGUCCCCCAGCCCGCUUUUGGGUUUGCGGAGACGGGUGUCCAUCGGAGCUCCGCCACGCCCUAGAAAUUCAAUAACUUACAUUGAGCUUUCUUUUUUUUAAAAAAAAAAAAAAAACAAAAACAAAAAUCGGCAGACAAACGGAAGGUGCUGUCUACAGGGGAGGUGGCGGGGCUGGUGGGGUCAGCCUGCAAGAAAACACCCCUGUCCCUCCCUCUCCCCUCCGGAAAGGAAACAUCAGACCCCGGUUGUCCCCAGUCUGAGCACGCCUGACCGUUCUCUCCUGACACCUGAUGCUGGUCAUCGCCGCUUGUCUGGUCUCAUGCGAUGCGUAGCUUCCCCCGCUGCUGUCCUUCUGCCCCUCCCUCUGCCCCGCGUAGUGAUUUGGUAAGAGAAAUUGCCGCCGUUCACUUCCUUCUCCACCGCAUAAAGGUAUCAAGUUUUAUUAUUGCAAUAAAAACGCUUUAUGCUGGCUUUUCUCA